AUGAAAAUUAAACCACCCACAGUUUCUACAGAGAGCAUACAAUCGGCUUGGAAAGGCAUUGCGUCAGGAAGCGAAUGUCCAAGGCCAUUUGCAGACCGCUCCACAAACCAGAACGUGCCGAAAACAUCCGCAAUCAGCCUAGACCCACUCACAAAUCUUUGCCCCAUUUCACCUCUCAACGCCUUGAGAUCCUCGAAGGCAGAUGAAGCUGUGCCUCCGGCCGGCAGACGUGUGGCACCCCAUCUUCAACAAUCUGAGGUUGCGGCAUCAUCGAAGCGAACGCGGGAGGUGGUUAAGCCAAACGUCCCAGACGAGGCGGAUGCCGAAACGACUGUUUUGAAGCGACCUCGCUUGCCCGUCACUUCGAACGAGGUGUCCAAUGGUCGGGCGGAUGGAGACGGCAUAAGGUUGACUCGUGUUCCAGCAUCUGUUGCUGAUAAAGCCAAAUCCCAUGGUCUGGAAGUAAUUGCGUCCAUCGUUGACCAGCAUCGAGAGCAGUACAUCUCGCUAGAGGUCAAGAACGAGGCAUUGAUGUCAGAGGUCGGAGAGCUGAAGAAAGCCCUGAAGGCCAGAGAUGCAUAUGCUACUGCGCUCAAGGAGAAAGCCAAAUCGCUCGUGGCUCGUGCGCAGACAGCAAUGCAGGGAGCUCUUGAUGUCAAGGAACUUUGGACGGAUCACCGUGCGCGUAUGCAGGAGCUGCUCAAGACUUGCAGCGUCAAGGUCGUUGAUGUCGAAGGGAUGCGAGAACAGUUUGCGAAGUUGACGAGGAACGAGGUCGCCGAGGCGCUGCAGACGAUCGCCUCUCUUCGUGGUGAAGCGAAAGACAUCCGUGGCUUGUAUCAGACAUCUGAAGAGAAAUCGAAAGAGGUACUCCGAGUGCAGAGGGAAUAUUUGGAACAGAUCAAAUUCGACCAUGCUGAGCAUGCAGCCAAGGUCAAGGAGACGGAUGCCGAAGUCAAGAAGCUCACCACUGAAAAGCACUUGCUCGUUAACGAGCUGGUGCAGAAGGACUCCGACAUUACCCAUCUCCGAGAGGCUCGUGACUCAUUGGAGGCCACUAUUGUCGAAAAAGAGAGCGAUAGCCAGAAGACGCGGGAACAAGUGUUACAACUUAAGAAGGAGCUCGAACAGACGCACGAAGAGAAGUUGAGCUUGCAGAAGCGUCUCGCCUCGACCGGUGCACAGCUUCAUGGAGCUCAGAAUAACCUUUGCGCGCAUGAAAAAAAAGUCCAAGAGACCCUCAAGAAGCUGGCAGAACUGGAGAUCAAGGUAGAUGCCCUUACAAGUGCGCACGAAGCAGAUCUCACACAGCUCAGCGAGGCCCAGUCACACAUUCAAGAGCUCGAAACAGCUCGAGACGAUGCGCUGAGGGCCGGCGAAUCUCUUCGCGCGGCCAAUGACGAUAUACAAGAACGCUUCGAAGCACUUGCUCGUUCCUCGGAUGAGCAUCGCAACAAAUGUGCUACCUUACUUGCAAGUAAUGAAGCCUUGGAAGAGAAGCUUCAAUCCGCAAACAAGAGCUAUAGCGAGCUCGAAUAUCUACCUACAGCUCUCUCUGAAGCACAGUGCGAGAUCAAGCUGUAUGGCUCGCGUCUUCAAUCUGCGCUCGAGGACCAUCGCUUGUUGCAAGAGAGAUUCUAUGCGUUACAAAAGAAGCUCAGCCAAACCGAAGCUGAGAAGGCGCUUCAGGUCGAGCAAAGUUACACGCUGCGCAAGGACCUGGCCGAGAAAGAAGAUCAAUCUAUUGAAGCGCAAGAGUCUCACAGCAAGGCAUUGCAAGAUACAAAGCAAGCGUGGCAGAAGGAGAGCGCGAGCCUGAAGCUAGAUCUGGAAAUACACAGAGUUCAGCAUGCACACGAAGUGCAGAGCUUGGAGCAAAGGAUCGAAGACAUGCAACAAAGCAUGACCGAGAAGCAGAGUCUGCUCAGAGCCGCAGAAACAGGGAGAGUUGCAGCCGAAACGCAUUUGGAGCGUGUCACCGCCGAAUUGGCGACAAUAUCGCGUACUGCCAAUGGCGAGUCCGAUAUUUGUGCUGGUCUCAAAGCAGAACUUGCAAACGCGCGAAAUGCGAAAGCGGAUGCCAAAGAAAAGAUGGCAGAGCUUCAAGAACGGUGCGACGUCCAAAACACGGGCAUGAGUCAACUCAAAGACCAAGCGGUAAUCCUGCAAACGAAAAUUGUGCAUAUGGAAGGCGUCUUACGACAAACCGAAGAGAAGGCUUCGGCCCGUCAAGCGGAGUACGACAAAAGAGUGAUGACUCUGGAACAGGAAAUCAAUCGUCUUCGCGAGCAGCUUGUGCAGGCAGAGCAGGAUGCAGAGCUGGGCUCGACUGUUGACGGAGGUGUCAUGGAGCGCUUCAAAAGUGGGAACCUGACCGCGUCCGAAGGCGCGCUCGUCCGAGAAAUUUCUGAUGCGAAUCACCGCGAGAUGACUCGCUUGGCCAACGAAUUGAAGAAGGCACAAGCAGAAUUCAGGAAAGCUGAUGCCCAGAACAAGACCCUGCUCAAGAAGAUCAAUGCCCAGCAGCAUAUCGACGCUAAAGGAGUGAAUGAAGGACCUAUCAGACACGCCACGUCAACCAAACGCCAAAUCUUACUUCCAUCGUCUGACGAGCAAUCGGUUUCCUCCAACUUUGAGCACAUCCUUGACCAAGAGCGGGAUGCUGAACCUGCCAGCAUUGUUGCGACGUCGAUGACAUUGUCCCGAGGCGGACAAAGGUCCUUGAUGAAGCGAAUGACUAGAGGCGUGCGGCCGGAGCACACAGGGCACUCGGCGCCGAUCGCAAAGUCUCGUGGUACUGAUGCAGCGCAGACGGACUCGAACGCGUUCAGCGAGGUAGAGCCGGACAAUGCGGUGACUGUCGGACCAAGUGUCAGGCGCACCGCUCGAAGAUCGUAA